AUGAUGAGCGAAAAUUCCAAUUUUAUAGAUUUGGAAACUUGUUCCAAAAAAUCCGAAGUGUUGAACUGUGAAAAGGCCAAAACGCAGGAUUCGGACUCCAAUGCAAAGCAAAAGUAUCCUCCAAUGAGAAAAGUCGUCAUGAUUGUUUUGGCGAUUUAUCUAGCGGCCUUUCUGGUGGCGCUUGAUCAAACUAUCAUCGGAGUCGCAAUUCCAAAAAUCACGGAUCAGUUCAAGAGUAUUACCGAUAUCGCAUGGUAUGGCAGUGCCUACUUUUUGACUUCCACGGCACUGCAGCCUUCGUAUGGCAGGAUCUAUAAAGUUUUCAGCGUGAAAUGGUCUUUCUUAGCCGCCGUGGGCAUCUUUGAGGUUGGAUCCUUGAUCUGCGGCGUGGCCCCAUCUAGUACGGUGUUGAUCGUUGGCCGCGCGAUCGCUGGAAUCGGGGUUGGGGGUAUCUUCUCCGGCGCUCUGGUGAUCAUCUCAAUGACUGUACCCCUGGCAAAAAGGCCACUCGUCUUUGGUGUCUACGGCAUGGUCUGGGGAAUUGCCUCGAUUGUAGGCCCACUACUUGGCGGAGCGUUCACCGACAGCGUCUCUUGGAGAUGGUGCUUCUAUAUAAAUCUUCCCGUUGGUGGGAUUUCCAUGGUCGUUGUUUUCUGGUUCCUCAGUCUACCGACCGAUGACAAUGUGUCAGCGAUGCCUUUCAUGCAACGAAUCAAGGAGCUCGAUCUGGUCGGUGCCAGCUUGCUCAUUCCAGCUAUUGUCUGCUUAAUACUGGCACUCAAAUGGGGUGGCAAUAUUUAUCCCUGGGAAAGCUCCCGCAUAAUUGGACUUUUUGUGGGAUUUGGCCUGCUGGCAACCCUCUUUGCCGGAUCCCAGGUCUAUUUAGGCAAGCGAGACAAGAGAGGCGGGAAAGAGGGCAAGAGUGCAAGGGCAACUUUACCACCGUCGCUCCUCAAGCAACGCACCAUUUGGUCUGCAGCACUAUUCGCCUUUUUCUUCAGCGGUGGCUUCUUUUGCUUAGUGUACUAUGUUCCUAUUUAUUUCCAGAGCGUCAAAGGCUCUUCUGCCAUGACCUCUGGACUUCAGAUUUUGCCAUUCAUGCUUGGCACUGUAGUCUCCUCUGUGGUGGUGGGCGCACUGGUCACUGCGGUCGGCUACUACACACCAUUCUUGAUCAUCAGCACUGCUCUUGCCACCAUCGGUGCGGGGCUCAUGACAUUAUACAGCGUCGACAUUUCUAGCGGCAAAUGGAUCGGAUACCAAGUUGUGGUCGGCGCAGGCCUCGGUGCUGGUCUUCAAAUCCCAAUGACGGCUGUGCAGACCGUCUUGAAGCCAGAGGAUAUUCCUGUUGGAACCGCUGCCGUGAUGUUCUUUCAGACUCUAGGUGGCGCCGUUUUCGUCGCGGUGGGGCAGUCAAUCUUCCAGAAUGGUCUAUUGACAGGGAUUGCCGCCCAUACAAUUGGCGUUGAUCCAAGUGCGAUAAUUAGUGCUGGGGCCACCGAAAUGAGGGAUGUUUUGAGUACCUUGGGUCGACUUGAUCAGCUGGAUGGUGUGAUUCGUGCUUACAUGAAUGGACUAAGGGAUACUUACCGUGUCACAUUAGCUUUGAUGAUGGCAGCCUUUGUCGCAGCUUGCUUUCUCGAGUGGAAGACUGUGAAAGGCAGCAAAUGUCAACAAAAUGACGCAAAAUCCAUUUCUUGA